AAAGACGCAACGGCGGUUUGGCUAUUUAAACUGAGGCCCAGCCUCGUCUUCCUUCUCCCUCCCCACUUCUCCCUCUGUUUCUAGCUCUACCCUGUAUCCUCUGCCAUUUCAUCCCAUCCCAUUACUUUGCAUUCUCUCAACUGACAUUGGGUUCUCGAAUUUGUUCUUUAGAAGAAAAUGGAAUUCGAGAACCGAUACCGCCAAGCUCAGAGGACAAAAUAUGACUCUCUUCUAUUUGAUUUAGAUGAUACCCUCUAUCCCCUUAGUUCUGGUUUGGCAGCGAAGUGUGGUCAGAAUAUUCGAGAUUAUAUGGUUGAAAAGCUUGGCAUAGACAAGAGUAAGAUAACCAACUUGUCCAAUCUACUCUACAAGAACUAUGGGACAACAAUGGCAGGUCUUAAGGCAAUUGGCUAUGACUUUGACUAUGAUGAAUACCACAGCUUUGUUCAUGGGAGGCUCCCUUAUGAGAAUCUAAGACCAGACCCUGUUCUGAGAAGUCUUCUGCUUAGCUUGCCUAUUCGGAAAGUCAUUUUCACAAAUGGAGACAGAGUCCAUGCUGCCAAAGUCCUCAGUAGACUUGGCCUGGAAGACUGUUUUGAGGGGAUAAUCAGCUUUGAGACUCUAAAUCCCAUUCACAAGAACACCAUAUCUGAUGAUGAAGAUGACAUUGAGUUUCUAGGGUCAACAUUAGCUUCUACUACUCCCACUAGUAGGACUGAAAUAUUCGACAUUAUUGGACAUUUUUCGCAACCUAAUCCCGGGUCUGGAUUACCAAAGACCCCAAUUCUCUGCAAACCAUCAGAAGAUGCCAUCGAACGAGCUCUCAGAAUAGCCAACAUUAACCCCCAGAGAACACUAUUCUUUGAGGAUAGUGUCCGCAAUGUACAGUCUGGAAAGCGUGUAGGCCUCCAUACUGUGCUGGUUGGCACUUCACAGAGAACUAAAGGAGCAGAUUAUUCAUUAGAAAGCAUCCAUAACAUCAGGGAAGCAUUGCCAGAACUUUGGGAAGGUGACAAGAUCUCUGAAGUAAGUUACUCCGGCAAGGUUCCUGUGGAGACAUCUGUGACAGCUUAGACACAAGUCCAGUGGAUUGACUGCAAUGCAAUGGCCCAAUUUCAAGCUCAAGUUCCAUCAAGGGACCCGUCUUCACCCCUCAUGCAAUGUAUCUACUGUUGUAUUUAUCUUGUUUUCUGGGGAAAAAAAAAACAAGAGGGAAAAUCAAGGAAUCUUUGCUCUUGUGAGGGGGAGAAACCAUGUUUAUGAGAUCUUCAUCCCAAGUUUCUUUUCAUAUGAUUGAAUGAUGUUGAUGUCUUGUUGUGGUUCAUAAUAAAUUCGAUUCCCAUCUUGUGGUUUUCAUCUUACAUACAAA